ACUAGUUCAGCAAAGACUUUCCAACUUGUCCGUUAAUGAGCUCUGAGCUAUAAUUCCACAGGUACGAGAUCCACCUGAGUAACAGAGAGCAUACAGGUUUAGAUGUGCAGCAGGGUCAGGUGGGGCGUUCAGCAGCUCGACUGGUCCGUGUAGGAUUGCUCUAAAGACCUGGACUGAGGCAAGAACUCACUCAUCUCCUUCCAACAAGCCAUGUGCUACACCUGAACCAUUCAGUAACCUGAUGGAUCCUGUAGUUCGCAGGGGAGGGCUGCCAUUCCAUUUUUGUUCCCUAUUCUUCUGUUUUGUUAGACUAAGAAGCUUCCUGGUGGAGCUGAGAUCAUCUGUAAUCAAAAGGAGACAAGGAAGGAUCCACAAGCAGGAUUGGCAGGCAAGAGACAGAUCGCUGGAUCUAAACUCUCCAUCUACACGGAUCCAUGCUGACCGGCUGUUUAGAUGUUUGGACAAGAAUUAGCGUCUGACUUCCUGAAAGUGAAGUGACUGAAUCUUUGGAUGCGGAGUGACUGGUUCUUACAGGCUGUUUAAAUCCUGACUGGUUCAUAGAAGGAAUACUCACGGUUUAAGGCAAGUCCAUCAUCACCAUCGCUGACUGUGGCAGUGUUAGCAGUAAUUACAGCAGUUUUCUUACUGUAAAUAUUCUGAUAUCUCUCUGAUGGCUGGAAUCUUCCUUCUUCUGUCCAGAUGUUGACCACCUUUGUGCUCCUCUUGUCAUUGCUGCUCUUCUCUCUUUCUGCGUCCUCUCCUCUUGCAAAGGAUCAGUCAGUGUGUUCCAGGACUUUCUGCGGUGCAGGCAGAGAGUGUGUAUCGACUGACCGAGGAGAACCAGUGUGUCGCUGUUUGGAGCAGUGUGACGAGUCAGAGCAUUGGGUGUGUGGCAGUAAUGGCAAAUCCUACAGGAAUCACUGUGAGCUGCACAGAGACGCCUGCAUCUCUCAGACUAAGGUACACGUGGAGCGCCGAGGACACUGUGUGGAGAAACUGACAAAGACAGACGUGAGUCCCAUCGUUUGUUUCCUGUCUGAUCGUGAUUGGCUGAGAGAGAGAGUGAUCCAGUGGAUUCAGAUAGAAGUGGAAUCGGAUCAUCUGACCUUUAACUUGUCAUCAGCCACUGACGUCCUGCAGAUGUAUUUCCAGACAUACGAUAACGGGGAUUAUCAGCUGGAUUCUAAAGAGUUCCUGCGCUUCUUGAAACACAAUGACACGGCUCUCAAUCUCACCUUCUCUGAUUCUCUGGAAACUAACCAGCUACUCAGGUCGCUGUGUGUCGAUGCUUUGAUUGAGCUGUCAGAUGAAAAUGCCGACUGGAAGCUGAGUUUAACCGAGUUCAUCAACUGUCUGACACCCACCUACCAUCCUCCAGAAAGAAAGUGUGCUCUGGAGGACGAAGUGUUUGAGGACGGUGCUGAAACUCAGAUGGAGUGCAACAGGUGUGUGUGCGCUUGUGGAAACUGGGUCUGCACAGCUUUAACCUGCAACGGGGAGCAUCAGGUAAAAGAGGAUGUUCAGGUUGGAGAAGAAGAAGAAGAAAUGACAGAGGAGGAGUGGAGCAGGAGAGUGGCUGAACUCAAUGCUUUGCAGGAAAACUUCACCCUCUGAUGCCUGAAGCCACGCCCACGGAACAGCAACAGCCAAUCAGCAAAUAAGUUUUCUUAAACUCAAUAAAACCAUCUCAUAGUUUUAGUUUGGUACGACCACAAACUCCAACAGUUAGUAGCGUUGUUACUCUGCUUCAAGCAAGUUACUUAAUUUCUCAUUUUCAGAAUAUUUAGAUUCACAGAUUUUAUUAUUUUUAUUUAUUGUUUUUAGUUGUUCUAUUUCAGGACUGGACUUUGGUAUUUUUGUGUCUCCUACUUUGUAAUGAUUGUGAUUUUUCCACACUUACAUUUUCUUUAAAUUUUAUUCAAUAUUUAAGCAUUCACAAGCAAACGCGUUGCAAAUUA